CCUCGAGCUGUACGGUGUGGAGUGUACGUGCUCAUUUCUGCGCUACACGUGUUUGUGAAAAACAGGUUUUCACUUGAGAAGAGGAUUAGGAAAAAAUGAAAUUCAUCAACUAAUAAGGUACAUCGAAAUGGGAGUUAAUCAGUCUACUAGGAAUGAAAAGAUCUAUGGGGAGGAAGUGAAUUUUGAUCACUUCCAAAUCCUGAGAGCCAUUGGAAAAGGAAGCUUCGGCAAAGUAUGCAUAGUGCAAAAGAGAGACACAAAACAGAUGUUCGCAAUGAAGUACAUGAACAAAAACCAAUGUAUGGAGAAGGAUGCUCUGAAAAAUGUUAUCCGUGAAGUGGACAUAUUAACUAGACUGGAACAUCCUUUUCUAGUGAAUAUGUGGUUCUCUUUCCAAGACGAAGAAGAUUUUUUCAUGGUAACCGAUCUAUUGCUGGGUGGAGAUCUCAGAUAUCACAUAUCACACUUAAUUCAUUUUUCGGAAGAUGGUGUGAAAUUGAUGAUCUACGAAAUGGGACUAGCACUUGAUUAUCUUCAAUCGAAGAACAUAAUUCACAGAGACAUCAAACCCGACAAUAUAUUACUCGACGGUUUGGGUCAUUUCCAUAUAACUGACUUCAACAUAGCGACAAUACUCCAUGACAAUCGUCUUGCCACUUCGAUGUCUGGUACCAAGCCAUACAUUGCGCCAGAGAUAUUCGAGUGUGCCAUGGAGAUGUGUUUAGGAUAUUCCUACGCCGUAGAUUGGUGGUCUCUAGGAAUUUCAGCUUACGAAAUGCUGAGAGGAUUAAGACCGUUCGAUAUACACUCCACCACAUCAAUGCAAGAGGUUCGAGUUAUGUUCCAGAAUGGAGUGGAAUAUCCACGGAUGUGGAGUGAAUCAAUAGUGGAUCUCAUAGGAAGGCUUCUCUGUAUGAGUCCUGGAAUGAGAAUAUCAAACGCUGUUGAAUUGAGACAAGUGAAGUGCCUGCAAAAGUACGACGUGGAAGCUUUACUCCAAAGACUUUAUCAACCACCAUUCCAGCCUCCGAAAGACCAUCUCAACUGUGAUCCCUCAUUCGAGUUGGAAGAGAUGAUCAUAGAAACGAAACCGUUACAUAAAAAGAAGAAAAGGCUGGCAAAACAGAGAUCUAUUCGGGAAAUCCAAAAUCCCGCUAACCAGGAAUUGGUAAGGUCUAUGCCCAAUUCACAUAGUGAAAGUAGUGUGGCACUAAUUUUCAACCGUCUGCAGAGGAUUUUCUGUGAUUCAGAAUCACCGCUGGAUUCACCCCUAGCAUACAUCCCAGAUUUCAAAGUAUUUAACAGGUACCAAGAAAUGGCCAAAAAACUAAGAGAGGAAAAGGAAGCGGCUUGGGAAAGAGAACUGGAGCACGCAAUGAACUUAUCAGAUCCGAUUUCUUGGGCACCCCCUGCAAAGGAAAUGCCUGCAAAGAAAAUUCCUGCAAAGGAAAUUCCUGCUGGUUGCUCGAGUAAAUUACAAGAAUCAGAUUGUCAUGCUCCUGCUAAAACCGAAAAUCACGAUUCACUCAAUGAAGCUAAGGGUAAACCGCACUCGAGUAGUGGACCUUUGCUAAAAAUAACAGAGAAAGAGGAGAACGAAGUCAUCGACGAUCAGAAUAGGAUGCAGACUCUUGAUUUCAUCGAUAGAACCCCAUCCCCCAGUGAAAAAAGUACAACCAAUCAGUAGACUUUGUUUAUUCAGAUAUAAUAAAUAUGUUUUUCGUCGACCUCUAAAGAAAGUGAUAUUUUACGUCCUGAUUCGGACUGAAAAAUCGACUUUUAUGGAAAGCAAGUAUUUUUCGUCUGCAAACACUUUUCGUCUGCAGCGGUUACUAUGAUGCGGGCCACUUUUUUAAUGGGAUUGUAUUGGUAACUUUGAAACCAUAAGAGUUAGAAGGUCGGUCAAAUGGAGAAAAAGUUGCAUGCAUAGAAGCAUUCAAGCACUCAAGCAG